AUCAUUGGUUUGACAAUUCUCGAGCAGGCCAUCUGGUUCUUUUUAAAAUAUGUCUCUCUAAAAAUAGAACACAAUUAAAAUGAUCCCAAAUUAAAAAUGAAACAGGAAAAUGAUAGAAAGUGCACAGAAUUAAAUUAGCAUGCUCGGUAGCAAAUAGAAAGGACAGCAUCAUAACUGACAGCUCCACAUGUCUCUUUGUGAUAAGUGAGAGACCCAGCCAUUCUUUCCGUUGCAUUUCUGAAGUGACUGCAAGCAACUUAGGACAUCAUACAAAGAACAACUGGUAAGAGCCAUUUUUUGUUAUAGCAUUAUACUACACCAUUCAAAUAGAUAAUUCAUUUUGUAAAGAAACUGCACACUUGUAUUUUUAUUUAGGAACCAAUUAUUUAGGAAAGUUAACAGCAUUGUUCCAUGUCUCCUGAGUGCUUGAAUUAUCAGUCAAGAAUGGAUUCAAAGUUAGUGCAGAAAUGAGAAAAACUCUUCAUAAGAAAAUUAUUGUAGCAAGAAAUUUGAAAUCUUUCUGCCUUCUACUGAUUACUAACUUAGAUUCUUCAUGAUUGUCUGCCAGUGUAGUUAACAGUACAAUCCCUAUGCAAGUUUAUUCAAGUCUGAUUGAGUUCAGUGGGACUUACAUUAGAGGGUAUUAUCUAGAGAAGGAAAAGGAGAAAGAGAUACCGUACAUUAUAUAAGCACAAUGCUUAAUUAAAGUUACCUGCCUUUCUUGCUAGACUACAAUAUUGAGCCAAACAGGUGACAUAUGUUAUGCUAACUAAUUAACAAAUUUGGAGUGGCUCAGGUGAGAAUGCCUGAUGAGAGUUCUUAGCCAUUCUAAGGAGUGUGCAAUGCAUAGAUCACUUACCUGAGCACUUUAGAUUUCACUAUACUAAUACAUUCUAGUUCUGCAGACAGUCCAGCACAAUGACUGUGUCACACUGAAUAAUGUAAAUGAAGAUGGCAAUUUUUAAAAGAAUAUUCAGACAUAAUAGAUCUUUCUUUUGCACAAAGAUAUAGUACUAAGUGGCUUUAAGAUUGCAGCCUCAUCAUUCCACAGCUCCAUAAUAUUGUUUCGGAAUCGAAUACAUUAUCUUAGGCUAGUGCCAAUGAUAAUUCAAAAGUCCAGAAAUGUAGGAAUAUUAAUUUUCAAAGAUCAGGCUUGUUUUUGUCCUGGAAGAUCAAGAUAAAUACUACAGUAUAUAAUCCACACUAUUAUACAAUAGCACUAAUGCAACUAAUGUAGUACUUUAAAGUAGACUUCAAACCCACAGUUAUGUUGCACUCACUCUGCAAAUUUUCUAUACAGCCCAAGCCUAUGCAUAUUUAGUUAGAUAAUAAUAUAAUUCAUUGAGUUUACUCCCAGGUAAGUGAGCACAGAAAUGCAUCCAUCAACCCAAACCUAUGCAUUUUUACACAUAAGUAGGUCUUCAGUUCCUCUCCAAUAUUUUGAUAUUGUUUUGCAUUUUGCCUCCCUAUCAGGAAAAGUGGGCAUUUACAAGUUUCCUUCAUCAGAAUUAUUUAGUUGUAUAGGAGCUGGUUUUGGGACUGCUGUAUAUGACCAGGAGCAUUCUACAAAUGCAUUUAAUUUUAUGGGUACCAAAAUCCCAUUUUGGUGUAGUGUUUAUUGUUUGUUUGUUUGUUUUUACAAAGUGGUAUUGGAAUGGUGGGUGGCGUGUCCUUCCAUGUUGAUCACAUGGCUGAGUGCAAGAACUUUCUCCACAGCAGCUCAGAUAAUGUCAAGCAGUUUGAGAUGCAAAAUGUUAUUGAAUUGCAUUGCAUUUUGCAAUAGAGGCGUACAUUAAAAGCAGCGUCAAAAUCAUACAGGGCGGUAGUCAGAAAAUAUAGCAACUACAAACAAGAUAUGUCUGUUCUGAGUGCUGGAACCUAAAUGUCUUUUCCUGAGUUAUGUAGCGAUAAGGACACUGAAGUGGUACAAGCACGACAUGCCCAGAUAUGUACCCCACUAUCUGCCAAGUUUUCUCUGCCACACAUACUUUGAAGAUAAUGUUUCUGGAAUCUAGAGGUCAUUUCAUUGUUUCAUCCUCGUCCAGAACUAUUGGCUUGUCAUAGUGUGGUUCACAGAAUGCCUCUUUAGGUUAUAAAACAUAUGUUCCUCAAAUCCAGUCGUCCAGUCACUUUGGCCCCUGUCUGCAAAAACAGUACAGAAGCAUAUAUCAGUCAAGAUGCAACUCUGUACACACUUACCUGGAAGUAAGUGCCCUUUACCAAAGUGGAACUUCUGAGAAAACAUGCAUGGGGCAGAAUUGAAUUAGAAUAGAGUUCCUGGGGUUUCCUGAGGGCAUUUUGCUCUCUGGGGCAGAACAGCAAAUACACCUUGCACCCCAAGUCAAGGUAGAUAAUAUGCAAGUGACCAGUUAGGGUUUUUUUGGAACUGGCAGCAGGAAAUCCCACAAGCGCCUCUCCUCCACCCUGCCAAUAAAAAUGGGGAAACAACUAACAGCUUGCUGUCCUUUCAUGAUACCCCAAACCAGCUGCCUCCCUCUGCCUAGCCUUAGAUGCUUCUGUUUGUGGAGGAUCUCCCUUAACGCUACAGCUUCAAACUGUGCCUUGAGUCUUCUGCUGAUUGCAGUUACAGAACUGGUGCUUGAUCUUCUGGUUCGGUGAUCUUCAUUUCAUGUGAUGUUCUUCUGCAUUUUGUGGAGGAGCAGAAGGCAAACGCUGCCAAAGCUCUCUAAGGCAGGAGCAGGGUCCCUGACAGCAGGGAGGAUUAGGAAGAGAGAUGGCGACAGCAAAGGCAGAAGCAGCAGCUCUGCAGCAGAGGAAGCAGGGAGUUUGGCUUCUCCAGAGUGGUCACUCCAUUGUGGUUGAGAGGGGCUUCCUCACAGGGAACAAGAGGCUCAGGAAUAAAGGCAUGGGAGGCAGGACAGGCACAAAAAGCAGGAGACUCGCAAGGAUGGAGCUCCCUGAUCAAAAAGAGAGCCUGUAUAUUGGAGAAGGAACUGGGUGGGAAUAACCCACUUCUGUAUGGCUGAGACCGAAGGGGUCCAACUCUGCUUUGUUCCAGCAUGGCAGCAAGUUCCUAAGCGGGACUGGGUGGCAAGUCUGAAAACUGCAGAAAACAGGAUUGAAAACACACAUGCAGCAGCUCAUGAGUUCAUCCCUCCUUGAAAACUGGCUGGUUGCUGAAAACUGGCUGGUUCGCCUUCACCCUGUGAAUCAACCUCCUUCCCACCUGACUGGUGUAUUUGACCAUGCCCGCCAGUUCCUGCUAAUGUGCAGGGAGUUCAAUCCUGCUUGGUUUGGGCCUACCAGCGCUGUAAAACCCUGCAGAAAGCAGGACUGAACUCCCUAUGCAUCAGUUGAAGUAUGUGACAGGAUGUGUGUGUUUUCAAGGUCGGCUUGAGCAUUGCUUUUCCUCACCCCUGCAGACCAACUUCAGCAGCUGAGUGAGACAACUCACCUGUCAAAGUUGGCUCAAGGGUGUGGGGGAGAUAAUAAAAAGGUCUGCCAGAUUAAAAAGAUUUCCCACCCCUGCUCUGCUUGGUAGCAUCCCAGGUCCAGCAGGCCUAGAUGCCCCUCAUUCUCCCCAUCUGACUUAUCUUGUAUUCUCUGGCACUCCAGUGUUAUGUUCCACCAGUUUAUAUUUAGUAUUCCACCGGCAUAUCUGUCUUAGUGGUGAUGAACCUGGCAUUUUGUCAGCUGAUAUGGACUUCUGCCAAAUCCGGUGGCAGAUAAUAAAUAAUACUAAUAACAAUAAUAAUAAAAAUAAAAUUUAUUAUUUAUACCCUGCCCAUCUGGCUGGGCCUCCCUAGCUACUCUGGGCGGCUUCCAACAAAAUAUUAAAAUACAGUAAUGCAUCAAACAUUAAAAGCUUCCCUAAACAGGGCUGCCUUCAGAUGUCUUCUGAAAGUCUGGUAGUUGUUGUUCUCUUUGACAUCUGGUGGGAGGGUGUUCCACAGGGUGGGCGCCACUACCGAGAAGGCCCUCUGCCUGGUUCCCUGUAACUUGGCUUCUCGCAGUGAGGGAACCGCCAGAAGGCCCUCGGUGCUGGACCUCAGUGUCUGGAUAGAAUGAUGGGGGUGGAGACGCUCCUUCAGAUAUACUGGACCAAGUGCAGGAUUGUACCCUAAAUUAUAUAACUUACAUUUGGUGAGUGGACACAUAAAUCUCAUGCUAUCUCUGAGACUCAGUCAUUGUGAUUGCCCUGUGUGAGCCAAGCUGGUUUUGUCUUUAGUUUGUCCCUUGUCUGACUCCAGUGUUUUCCCUGUGGAUUGAAAGGUCAGGCAGCUACUCACAUAAGUCUUUUGAUCCUAGAUUUUCCUCUUCCUCAGCGAUGUGCAGUUGCCCACUUUUCCCCAGUGUAAGCUCACCCCACCCCAGGUCCUUACACCCAGUGAUGGAGUGGUAAACAGAGGAGCCACUGGAGUGCCUAGGAUUGUGAUCCCCAUUAGUUGUGAGUUUCCUACUGUUCCUUAUUACUACUCCUUUUCCUUAGGCAGUUCCUCAUUAUUUCCAGGUGCAACAUGAAGCAAGGAUCAAGCUUCCUCUUUUUCUCGCUGGUGCUUUUGCUGAAACGUUGCUGUUACCUUGAAGUGAUUGCUGAAGAAGACCCCCAACAGCCACCCAGGGGAGUCUGUGCCAAUUGGAUGUCAGGAGCACCAGGCUACCCAGGCCACCACGGAACUCCAGGGAGAGAUGGAAGGGAUGGAAAGGACGGGGAAAAGGGAGAGAAAGGAGAUCAAGGUGAGCGCUUUCAGCCCUCCGUUCUAUUCAAGCCAGCAAUUCCCACAAGGGCCCCGCGAGCUUUAAUGGGUUUAAAUCUAAUCAAUUGGCAGGACUGAGAUCAAAGGUUCACACAUCACCAUGCAGGCCAGAUGACACAUGAAAGUACAAGAGGAAGAAAGAAGAAACAUGUCACUGCAGACAUAAUGUAACAAUUGUGUUUCCUUCCCUUUAUUUAUUCCGUCCUUUAUUUUUAAACAUGAUGUUGUGCCUUUCUAUCCUCUUCAGGACACCAAAAGUGCAUUUUUAAAAUAAAUACUGUAGAUAACAGUAGAUAAAACUACUGAACAGAAUAACAACCAAUACUACCAAAGCAUAAAAAGAGCAAAGCAGAAGAAUCUGUAACCAAUAAGCACCCAGGGACAUAUUCAGGACCAAAGUAGCAGUGAGUUAGGGGAUCUGUGAUUAGAAUUUCCCUCCCCCUUUUUUAAUAAUUAGCCUAAGGGGGGCACUUGAAAAUGAAGGACAUGGUGCUCUGGGAGAGAGUCUUUACACUUUCCUCCCAAAUCCUUUCCCCCAUUGUAAACCCAUCCCAGCUGCUGUUAGCACCAGUAUGGGGAGACAGGAGCAACAUUUUGUUUUAUAUUUUUAUUAUUAUAUAUAAUAAACAUUACUGUAAAUGAUAAUAAACGGUUUGAGGUGUUGGUGGGGGUUUUUUAAUAAAAAAAAUUGUGGUAUAUAAAUUUUAUGAAAUACUUGUUUAUGACUAGCUGAGCCACGGAUCUCAUCUGCAGACAGAAUACUUGUUUAUGACUAGCUGAGCCACGGAUCUCAUCUGCAGACAGAAGUGGGUACAUGAGGCUCCAUCUGACCUUUGACCAUGGGCCAUGUUUAUUAGCUGAUAAUGAUUAGGGUCAGGACAUUCAUUUGAACACUGAAAGAAUGUUUGAGGGUCUUGUGAGGCCACACUUUGUGCAGUGGCCACCUGGAUUUUUAAUGGAUUUAAAUACAGUACUUUUCCGUGUAUAAGACGAGGCUUGUUUCUGAGAAAAUAGUCUCAAAAAGUGGGGGUCGGCUUAUACACGGAUUGUGCAGAGUGGGGGAGGGGAUUGGUUGCUGCUGCGAGCAGCUGAUUGUGCUGUCAAUUGGCAGCUGCUGACGGUGAGCCGGCAGAGGAUUUUUGGCUACUGCGAUGCAUGCGAUUGGCAGCAUUGUUAGGCGGGUGAGUGAUUUUCGUUAACCCCCCCCCAAAAUCUCAACAACUCUGGGCAAUUCCCCCCUAUUUUCUUAAUUUUGAGUCCCCCAAAAUAGGGGGUGUCUUAUACACAGGGGCGUGUUAUACAUGGAAAAAUAUGGUACUUAUGCCACAGCAUAAGGAAGAAUGGUGGGAGCAGUUUUACUCUGUGCUAUUUUUCUAGAAAAAAGUGCUGGAACUCACCAUGAGCGCCUCCCUCAUUCUCUUAGAAUAGCCACCCACCUGAGAGGUGCCAGAACUGAGUUCCGGUGAGUCCCAGCUGGGAAAAAAGCCCUGGGUUUACUUACAUCAAUAUUUAAUGUCCUUCCACAUGUUUCCAGGGCAUUUCCCAAAGAAUCAAAAGUACUCUUAGGACACUGAAACUGCAGUCUUCAGAUUCCUGAGCAGCACUGGAGUUUACUAGAACGAAAGCAGACCUAAUAAAGCUGGGAAUUACUUUCAUAGACAUGAGCUGCCCACACAAAUAAGUUGACUCAGAAUUUUGUUCUUGUGAAGGAAAGUGAGGCUGAAAUAAUCUUUUCAGCUGAGGAUGUUUGGGUGAAACCUCCUGGGGAUGUUCCACUCUAACAAAAAAUCCAUUUUCUUGGUAGGUGUACCAGGCCUCAAAGGGGACAGUGGAAUUUUAGGAUCAGCUGGUGUUGCAGGCCCUCAAGGGGCACCAGGAAGCCCAGGACUGAAAGGGGAAAAGGGUGAAACUGCCUCCAGGUAUCAAUCUGCCUUCAGUGUUGGUCUAACAGCCAGAGUCCCUUAUGCCAAUCUUCCGAUCAGGUUUACGAAGAUAUUCUACAAUGAGCAAAAUCACUAUGACGUAACGACAGGGAAAUUCCGGUGCAUCUUUCCCGGAGUCUACUAUUUUGCAUAUCAUCUCACCGUGUACGUGACAGAUGUAAAAGUUAGCUUGUUCAAGAAGGACACGGCGGUCAUCAUCACUUAUGACAAGUACCAGAAGGACGACGUUGACCAAGCAUCUGGUUCUGUCUUGCUCCGUCUGGAAUAUGGGGAUGAAGUCUGGCUCCAAGUAUAUGGAGAUGAAACAGACAAUGGUAUCUAUGCUGAUAAUGUUAAUGAUUCUACUUUCAUGGGAUUCUUGCUCUACCCAAACUUGGAUAAUGGACAAUAGAAUAUCAGGGGUGGGAGAGAGGGGGGAAAUAGCCAAUAAUUGUUUGGAUUUUCCUUGUAGUCUACUUGUCAACGCAAGGAAACACAGCAAAUUGAAUUUAGAUGGGUUCAAAGGCGGUUCACACAUGCAUGUCCACUGCUUGAACAUCCAGUGGUGACUUGUCCAUAUGAAUGAGCCAUCACAGAUACAACCCACUGAUAUUCCUUCUUCACCACAGUGUGUUUCAAUAGAGUCAGUUCACACAUUCAGCUGUUCAACAUCAAGGGCAUGUUAAUAAAAUAUAGAGAAAGCAAGUGAUAUACAUGCAUGUGUGAUUCCGGAAUCUGCCUGUACUCAUCAAAGACACUUGCCCAAACCUCUUCCUGUAGAAAUGGGUGUUAUUUACUUACAUUUAUACUGACAAAUAGAGCAAACAAUAAGCUUCAAAGAGAGGAGCCUAAAGCAAUAGAAAUUCAGUAAUGAGGUGCAGCCAUAUAAGCAUUGUUCUGCACAAAUAGAAGCAACUAAUGCUUGACAAUAUUAUCAUGAUGUGGCUUUCAGAGUGAUUUCUCAUUAGAUCUGCAUUGCUUUCUCAGAAAUAUUUUAAUACAUAUUCCUGUUUCUUUAAUGAGUUAUGUGUGGCUUCUGCACCUUAGCAUAUGCACAGGAUGUCAUUAGCACUUAAAUAAAAAUGAAGGUUUGCAACAGAAUAUUUGGAACACCAAAAAUGUUACUGAAUUACAAAUAAAAAUCCUGCUCACCCACA